AUUCGCUGCCUACAUCAGCCACCGGCCUCUCUCCCUUUCAUUGUGCCUUAGGGUACCAGCCUCCUCUCUUUCCAGAGAAUGAGUCAGAAGUGUCGGUCCCCUCCGCCCAUGCCAUGGUCCGACGUUGUCGCCGCAUUUGGGCAGCCGCCCGUCAAGUAUUGACUAGACAACAAGAUCGGAUGAAGAGAGCGGCAGACCGCAAGAGACGACCUGCGCCUGCGUACGAACCCGGUCAGAGAGUCUGGCUUUCAGCCAAGAACUUACAUCUCAAGGUCACAUCAAGGAAACUGGCACCACGCUUUGUAGGUCCAUUCCCAAUUACCAAGCUCGUCGGACCUGCAGCGGUUCGGCUUCGUCUGCCCCGAUCCCUCCGCGUCCAUCCCACCUUUCACGUCAGUCAGGUCAAACCAGCCAAAGAAAGCACCAUGGUCCCGGCCACCACGUCCCCUCCACCACCCGAAGUAAUUGAAGGUGGACCAGUAUACAAGGUUAAACGCUUGUUGGCAGUGCGCAACCGGGGUCGGGGCAGACAAUUCCUGGUGGAUUGGGAAGGAUAUGGACCCGAAGAGAGACAGUGGGUUCCUUCCCGCCACAUUGUCGACCCCACUCUCAUCAGGGACUUCUACAGAGACCACCCCGAACAGUCUGGGCCGUCCGGAGUCGGCCAUAGAGGGGGGGGUACUGUCACACCGUGGCCACUUGCCCUUCCUCCUGUGUCACUGGUCUGAUGUCUCUCCUGAUUGCCUGAUUGUGUCCACCUGUGUCACCCUCCCUCAUGUGUAUAUAGUCCUCGUCUUCCCCUGUCUUGUUGCCAGAGUAUAUCGUCUCGCUACGUACCUCCAGCCUUGUCCACAGCCUUGUUCACAGCCAUCUACCAACUUUGAUAAGUAUUGUCUCGCUUUGUUUAUUGAUUCCUUUGUUCCCUCUGAGAGAGUGAUUUUCUUUUGCUAAGUUUUUGGUCAAGUCUUUUUGUAUCAAUUUUCAUAGUGCCUUGUCUUCCUUUUUUCCCCUCCUUCUGGAGCGCUUUUAGUUUUCAGGCCUCUCAAAUAUUUCAUACAUACUUUCUGUUUAUAGCGUCUCAACCUUUUAGCAUGAGAGAAUUUCCUUUUUGUAGAUCAUUAUAGAUUGUUGGGUUUUUUUUUGUGUAUUCGACUCAUAUAACUUUUUGGCUAUUGCCUGUUCCUCCUUAUGGAGUG